AUGUUAGCUAGCCUGCCUCUGUCAGUGAGCAUGGGAGACGACAACGGAGUGAACGGGGAUUUGAACGCCAACUUAAGGUACCAGAGUACCGGCGACCCGCAGCUGGACAGCGUGGACCAAUGGUUGACCUGGGACAAGAACUGGCGGACUCGGGCGCAGGUGGAGGCUCUGGUGGCGGCGGGACGGCGGGAGGAUUUGAGGACGAGACUCUGCAGCAGGAUGAGCUUCGGCACGGCGGGACUCAGGGCGCCCAUGGGAGCCGGAUUCAACCGGAUCAACGACCUCACCGUCAUCCAAUCAACACAGGGCUUAUAUUCAUACCUGAGCAGGUAUUUCCCAGAAUUCAGCAGCAGAGGAGUGGUUGUUGGUUUCGACACCAGAGGACAGGAGGAGAGUGGCUGCAGCAGUCAGAGGUUGGCGAAGUUGGCGGCCGCGGUGAUGCUCAGCAGAGACGUUCCUGUUCAUCUCUUCUCCACGUUUGUCCCGACGCCGUACGUGCCGUACGCUGUGAAGAAGCUCGGUGCUGCAGCCGGAGUGAUGAUCACCGCCUCGCACAAUCCUAAAGAAGACAACGGAUACAAGGUGUACUGGUGUAACGGCGCUCAGAUCUCCUCGCCUCACGACAAGGGGAUCCUGCAGAGUAUCGAGGAGCAGCUGGAGCCCUGGAGCGCCUCCUGCUGGGAGGAGGACCUGGUGGAGCGCUGCUCCCUGAGGACCGACCCCCUGACCCAGAUCAACAGCUGCUACAUGGACGAGCUCACCUCGCUCUGCUUCCACAGGGAUCUGAACAGAAGCUGUCCGUUGAAGUUUGUCCACUCAUCGUUCCACGGCGUCGGACACGCCUUCGUCCAGCAGGCCUUCCACGCGUUUGGCUUCGCUCCGCCGAUCCCCGUCCCCGAGCAGAAAGACCCCGACCCCAACUUCUCGUCCGUCCGCUGCCCCAACCCCGAGGAGGGAGAGUCGGUCCUGGAGCUCUCUCUUCUUCUGGCUGAGCGGGAAAAUGCUUGCAUCGUCCUGGCGACCGAUCCUGACGCCGAUCGAUUGGCUGUCGCAGAGAAGUCUGACGGGUGCGGUUGGAAGGUGUUCACGGGUAACGAGCUGGCGGCCCUGUUGGGUUGGUGGAUGUUCUUUAAUUGGAAGGAGGCUCAUCCCGAUCCUGCCGACACUCAGAAGGUUUACAUGUUGGCCACCACAGUUUCCUCCAAGAUCCUGCAGGCCUUCGCUCGCAUCGAGGGCUUCCACUACGAGGAAACUCUUCCUGGGUUCAAGUGGAUCGGGAACAGGAUACACGAACUCUCCAAAACAGGAAACAGCGUCAUCUUUGCCUUCGAGGAGUCGAUUGGUUUCCUGUGUGGCAGCAUGGUACCGGAGAAAGACGGCGUGAGUUCGGCAGCGGUUGUGGCUGAGAUGGCUGCUUACCUCCACAAGCGGCUGAGUCUGAAGCAACAGCUGCACAACAUCUACCAGACGUACGGUCAUCAUGUGUCUAAAACGUCGUACGUCAUCUGUAACGACCCGCCCACCAUCCAGAAGAUUUUCAGCCGGAUCCGAAACUUUGACGGCGACGCUUCGUACCCGAAGACGUGCGGCGGCGUCCGGAUCGUCCACAUCAGAGACGUUACCACGGGAUAUGACAGCAGCCGGCCCGACCGCAGAUCGGUACUUCCUGUGUCGAGGAGCAGUCAAAUGAUCACCUUCACUCUCCAGAACGGCGUCGUGGCAACGCUGAGAACCAGUGGCACAGAACCCAAAAUCAAAUACUACACCGAGUACUGCGCUGCGCCGGGGAACAGCGAGGCGUCCCGUCUGGAGGAGGAGUUAGGGAAGAUCACCGCCGCCCUGCUGGACGAGUUCCUGGAGCCUGAGAGGAACAACCUGAUUCGCCGCCGCGUCUAGCUCCGCCCCCUCCCACACCUGGUCGACCCCCCGCCGCUGCUUCUCUCUGUGGUAUCCGUAAAGUUCAGUUGAGACUAAAAUAUAAACUGAAUCAUUAAAAGAUAAUAAAUAUUUAGUUGAACUUUGGUCCUUCAUGAAGCAGAGAGCAUGAUGGGUAAACUGUAGUGUCCAGUUUUAUUUUGAUUGAAGUUUGUAAAACCAAAUAUUUGCUGUCUGAACUGUAAAGACUUGAAAUAUAUAUAUAUAUA